AUGACGAUCAAAGGUUUUUUCAUUAUCAAACUGGAUAAUCUGAGAGAUAAACAGUAUAUUAAAGCAGGUUUCAGUUUAGAAUAUUGGGAUGAGAAAACAUUAUUCAAAAUUAGCAGAGCUAUUGGUACACCAAUCAAAGUUGAUGAAUCAACUCUCAAAUAUGAAAGUGGGUAUUCUGCAAAGGUUCUUAUUGAUGGUGAUUUAGAAAAGGCCAUUCCAAAUAAGCUGUGGAUAAUUUCAAAAUUUGGAGGUUUUAUGCAGAGUGUAUUACUUCCUCAACUUCCAAAAUUCUGUGGAUACUGCAAAAUUAUUGGACAUCUACAGCCUGAAUGUAGAUUUAAGCAGGGGAAUAAUGAAAACAAAUCUCCUAAAUCAACUCCCAAGAAUUCAGUUAAUGAGAAGUUACAAGAUAAGACAACAGAAGUUACAGUACCAUUUGAUAUAUGCAAUACUCCUGCUUCACUAAUACAGGUAAACAAAGAAAUUGUUCAUCCUAAUGUGGAAGAUGCAUGUAUGAAUACUGGAAGAUUUUAUCCUUUGUUGGAAGUAACAGAGGAGAUAAUAGAUGAAUAA